AUGACUGGCACCGGAGUCCCGUCUGGAGGAUCUAGCACUGGGUACGGAGGGGCGCCUCAACAUCGAUCCUACGAGGAGCGCGCAGCUGCUAGAGAGCAAAUGAUGAGCAACAUUAGGGAGACUUCGCAACAGGACCGACGCGUCUACGUCGGCAAUCUUUCCUACGAUGUCAAAUGGCAUCACCUCAAGGACUUCAUGCGACAAGCCGGAGAAGUUCUCUUCGCCGACGUGCUAUUACUUCCAAACGGAAUGUCGAAGGUGGGCGUCUACACAAUUGUGGAAUAUGCGACGAGGGAGCAAGCCCAGAACGCUGUGGCAACGCUCAGUAACCAGAACCUCAUGGGCAGACUUGUCUAUGUUCGAGAAGAUCGCGAGGCUGAGCCUCGCUUCAUCGGCGCCACAGCUAACCGCGGCGGUUUUGGCGGAGGCGGUAUGAACCCUGGCGGUUUCGGCGGCGGCGGUGGCGGUGGCGGUGGCGGCUACAACGCUGGUGGUAGCCGACAGAUUUACGUGGCCAACCUCCCCUACACUGUUGGCUGGCAAGACCUCAAGGACCUCUUCAGACAAGCUGCUCGUAACGGAGUCGUCAUUCGUGCCGAUGUUCAUCUUGGGCCUGAUGGCCGUCCAAAGGGAUCAGGGAUAGUAGUAUUCGAGAACCCUGACGAUGCCCGCACUGCUAUCCAGCAGUUCAAUGGCUAUGACUGGCAGGGUCGUCUUCUCGAAGUUCGUGAGGACAGGUUCGCCGGUGCGGGUGGCCCCAUGGGUUUUGGCGGUCGUGGCGGUUUCGGCGGUAUGCGCGGCGGUUUCGGUGGUGCUUACGGCCGCGGUGGAUUCGGUGGCCGUGGCGGCUUCGGCGGCGGCGGCGGCGGCUAUGGCCGUGGCGGCUUCUCAGGAGGAGGCGGUGGUGGUGGAGGGGGCUUCGAUGCCGGCAACGCAACUUCCGUCCCUCCCAACCCAUUUACCGACUUCGCUACUGCCGGAACCGAUCGCGGCGAGACGAUCUAUGUCCGCAACUUGCCUUGGUCCACCAGCAACGAGGAUCUCGUAGAGCUAUUCACUACUAUCGGAAAGGUUGAACAGGCCGAGAUCCAGUACGAGCCCAGCGGGCGCUCGCGUGGUACUGGCGUUGUGCGGUUUGACUCUGCAGACACUGCAGAAACCGCGAUUGCCAAAUUCCAGGGUUAUCAGUACGGUGGCCGUCCUUUGGGCCUGAGCUUCGUCCGCUAUCUCAAUGCGGCUGGUGGCGGAGAUAGCAUGGAGACUGACGCGCAUGCUGGGUUGACGCAAGACCAGAUCAUGUAA